UUUAAAAUAAACAUUUUAUACAUAUUUUAAUGAAAUUGUGAAGCUGUUAAUCAGUUCAUGACAAAAUGGCUUUAUCAUAUUAUGGCAGAAGAAUAUUAUUUAAGAAGCCGUUUUUAAAUAGCCAAGUGCGAACUAGUUACGUUGUGCUAGUCCCUGAAAUCGGUGAAGAUUUACCAGAUAAAAAUCCAUUGUUACAUUCCAAUGGAUUACCAGAAUUUAGUAAUUUAACUAUCGAAAUGUGUGUAGCAGCUAUCGCUAAACAAACAAAUGAUUUUGAAAGUAAAAUUAGGGAAAUUGAAAAGGCCGUUGAAGCGAAACCAGACACAGAAGUAUUUAAGAAUGUAAUUGAUCCAAUUGAAGUAGCUGGAACCACUUUAGACACAACAUGGGGUUUAGCUAAAACUUUAUAUUUAGGGAAUCAAUCAUUAAUGCCAACAAAAUCGUACUUAACAAUUCAUGAUCGUGCAAGAAAAGCUCGUAGUACGAAAUUCAAUAGUAAACCAAUUUUUGAAGCGUGUAAAACGUAUAUUGGAACCGAGAAUAAAAAUUUAUCCGAAGAACAAUCACGUAUAUUGAAAAAAUUCACUGUUGAGGGAAAAUUAAAUGGAUUGAAUUUAAGUGGAACGAAACGUUCCAAAUAUAUGGAAACCAUACAAAAAUUAAAUAAAGAGCGUGGCAUAUUUAAAGGAAAAUUAGAUAUGGCAACAAAACAAUUUUCUUAUGUAAUACGAGAUUAUGAAAUAGUUAAAGAUUUCCCAACGGAGUUAUUGAAAUUAAUGGCUGUGGAUAGUUGUCGUAUCGAGGAGGGACCGUGGAAAGUUACUUUACAACCGCAUAUUUUCAAUGGAUUUAUGGAACAUUGCCCAGAUCGGGAAUUACGUUGGAAUGUAUGGCAAGCGUAUACUCGACGUUGUUCUGGUUUUGCUGAUAAAAGUUUACAAAAUUCGACAAACGUUGAGGAGAUUCGAUUUUUACGUAAUCAUAUUGCAUCAUUGUUAGGUUAUGAAAAUUAUGUACAAAUGUCAAUGGAAACGAAAAUGUUAGAAUCCGUCGAUGAAGUCCAUAAAACAUUACAAACAUUAUUGGAUCGUGCAAAACCAACUCAACAACAAGAAUUUGCCGAUUUAAAAGAAUUCGCCAGUGCAAAUGGUGGUUUCAACAGUCAAUUACAACAUUGGGAUAUUCCAUAUUGGAAACAACAGCAAGAAAAAGUUCUAUUCAAUUUUAACGAGGAUAAAAUUAAAGAAUAUUUCCCUCUACCGACGGUCUUAAACGGUUUAUUCGAAUUAUGUACAAAAUUAUUUGAUAUCACAAUCAAAGAACGUACCAAGAUUCCAACAUGGCAUUCAGAUGUCAAAUAUUUCGAUAUAUUUGAUAACGAAAACACUGCAAAUCCAAUUGCUGGAUUUUAUUUUGAUCCAUAUUCUCGGGAACAGUUAAAAUUACGAUUACAUGACGAUAUAGGUUACAUGGUUGGGAUACGUAAUCGAUCGAAUUUAUCCGAUAUUAAACCUUUAGCUGCACUUAUUUUUAACUUUCAAUCACCAUGUGAAGAUCGUCCAUCGUUGUUAACUUUUAACGAAGUGAAAACAUUGUUUUUCAAAUUUGGACACGCCCUUCAACAUCUUUUAACCAGAGCAAAUUAUUCAGAAGUAGCUGGUUUAUCGAAUGUUGAAUGGGAUGCUGUCGAUGUUUGCGGUCACGUUUUAUCUCACUGGUUGUAUGACGUAAAUACAAUGAAAUCCUUGACGAGUCAUUAUCAAAAUAAACAACAAAUUCCACAGGAAAUUAUUACGAAUUUAAUUCAAAUGCGUUCACAUUUAUCUGGAAUGGAACUGUGUAACGAAUUAUAUUUAGCGGAUUUAGAUUUAAAAUUACAUACGAGCAAAGAUUUUUGGUUAGAUGUUGUAAAACAAUUAUGGCCAACAUAUCAUGUUUUACCAGUGGAUAAAAAAGAUUCACAUGUAUGUCAAUUUUCUGCCAUAUUUAGUGAGGAAUGGGGUGCCGCAUAUUAUAGUAAAAUAUGGUCACAAUUAGUGGCCGCUGAUGUUUAUAGUGCAUUUCAUGAAGUGCACACCGAUGAGAAACAAACUGUAUUGGUUGGUAAACGUUUUCGUGAUACAUUUUUAGCGUUAGGUGGUGCGAGUCAUCCAAGUCAAGUAUUUCGUCGGUUUCGUGGUAGAGAUCCAUCACCAAAAGCGUUAAUGCGAAUUUUAGGAUUAAAGAAACAUACGCAAGAUGUCAAAGUUGAUAAUGUUCCAGUUGUUAAUUAGAUCCUCCCUUUUUUUUAAGCUAGACACUUCCGCCCCCCUCAAAAGAAAAAAGCUUGUUAUAUUUUUAAAAUGUUGUGUUGAAAGCCAAAUACUAAGCUUAAAAAUGUACACUGAUCGUCAUAAAAAUUACAAUAACAUUAAAAAUGAAAAUUUAACUUAAUUUUUAUUUACGCUAUAUCUUGUUCAUAUUUAUUUUACCCAUUCACGUUUAAAGCACUCUGAUUUUACUAGUCUCGAAAACAAGGCAUUUCUAGAAUACAGUGUUUCUUAAGAUUUCGCAAAUCAACAAUAAUUUGCUCAUGCGGUCACAAUUUUUCGUGCAGAUUGGUUUGAUGUGUCUCGAAAAGAAAACAUUAUAGAAUGAUAAAAGUAACAAAAUUGGUACUCUUUUAGUAUGCCGUAUCUUAAAUCGUGAUCUCACUGAACUUUUUCGAUUUUUGACUAAACAAAUACUUAUCACGUAUCACUUUUUUUCUUACGAAUCUACGGCAAUGGCAAGUAUGACAACAACACUUUGUUUUGUCAUUUCCACACCGGCGCCAUGAUGAAUUUGACCCCUAGCAAUUACCUUAGAUGUUGGUACACUUUAAAUCGUUUGACGCUCAGUCCAUGGACUUAAUGGUCUAAGUGCAUUGCACUCCCUUCAUUAUCCCGAUGAUAAAAGGAACACUACUGAUACCUUAUUUGCGACAGCCUUCUCUAGUCUCCAUGAUAAAUACAAUGAAUUUUUCCAGAUAAUAUUUUUAACGUUACAACACCAUGUAUGUACAAGAUAUAGUAAAUUCUUUUGUAAGAUUGUCAGAAUUUUAAGUUAAUUACGGGUAGAUACUUAUUGAUGUUAAUCAGUUUAAAAUCUUCAAAAGCUUUUUAUUAAAUUUGUUCCCUGUAAUCCAGUUUAAUUUACAAAAUAUGGGAUAGAAAUGGUUUUGACGUUGUUUAAAUUGAGAAUCUGUUUCAAUCAUUAUUUUGGUGAAGUAAGAAUUUAAUUAUGUCUCUCUUGUUAUUGUUUUAUUCGUAAGUAAGGAUAAAAAUUGUCUUCUUUAUUACUUUAUCUUUCGUAGAACCAAACUUAAAGUUGGCUGUCAACUUAAUUUGCAUUAUUGUUUCUUGUGAAUUAUCUUAAAAAGUAUUUUUUUUAC